AGUGCGGUGAAGGCGUCGCUAGCGCAUUUUCGCUGCUUAGUGAAUUUGCCCCAUAGGCUGCAAUAAUAAGUAUUUCUGGCCAACCAAGAUUUUAGGAUCUGUGCCACCAUGACAGAAUGCUCAUUUAUAAAUAAUGCUAGAAUCUUAGCCAUAAAUCAGGGUAAACUGUUGCUUACAAUGGGUAUCAGAUAGGACCUGCACCACUGUGACAGAAUGCUCAGCCAUAAAGCACAAUAUAUGUUGUACGUGCCCAUUCACAUUGAUCCUUUACUUCCCCAGAAGAAAUUGCCUUCUGUUUUAGAUUGUGAAAGGCAGAGUUCCUCUUUCUUAUAGUAAAUGGGCUGCACAUUGGUGCUGGGCACAAAGACCUGGAGCAUCAGAAGAAGGAACAAGCACAGAGCAGCGGCAGGCUGCAAACCAAGAAAUAAGCAUGUCCUUUGUUUUUGAUGGGUCCUUGUUUAACGACUUUGACUUUAACUACACAGACAUUUCUACAGAAUUUCCAACUAUUAUCUCCGCCCCAUGUAAAAGCACAUGGGUUAUCAACAAAUAUUUUGUGGUUGUGGUCUAUACUCUUGUGUUCUUUCUUAAUGUGGUUGGCAACAGCCUUGUAGUUCUGGUCAUCUACUACAACAAGCUGAAGAGGACAUCUACUGAUGUCUACCUUCUCCACUUGGCCAUUGCUGACCUCCUGUUUGCCACUACCCUGCCCUUUUGGGCAGCAUAUAAAGCCAGCCAGUGGGUGUUUGGAAUUUUUAUGUGUAAAACUGUGUCAGUAUUACAGGAAGUCAAUUUCUACAGUGGGAUCCUUCUUCUGGCCUGCAUAAGUGUUGACCGAUAUCUCGCCAUUGUCCAUGCCACUGAAGCUGUUACACAGAAGCGACACUGGGUCAAGUUCAUUUGUCUGGGCAUUUGGAUUUUUUCACUCGCUGUAUCACUUCCAACUCUGUUGUUCAGAACUGUGUUCAAAAGUCCUAAAGAUGCAUAUGUCUGCCAUGACAGCAUUGGGAAUGAAAAUACAGAAGACUGGAUGAUCAUCUUGAGGAUAGGGAGACACUUGGUUGGCUUCUUCAUACCAUUGAUGAUUAUGCUCUUCUGCUAUGGAUUUACCAUCAAAACCCUCUACCAGACCAAGAGCAGCCAGAAGCACAGAGCAAUGAAGGUUAUAUUUGCAGUCGUUCUGGCCUUCCUGAUCUGCUGGUUACCCUACAACCUCACUGUUAUUGUAGAUUCCCUGAUGAGAACCAAGUUUAUCAAUGAGACCUGUGAAAUGCGAGAACAUUUAGACGCUGCCCUCUCAGCUACUGAAAUAUUUGGCUACAUGCACAGCUGCAUCAACCCCAUUCUAUAUGCAUUUAUUGGACAAAAGUUCCGGAACAGUUUCCUGAGAAUCUUGGCCAGCAAGGGCAUCGUUAGCAAAUCAUUCCUGGCUCGUUAUGCUCGUGGGUCUUCCUUUUCCAUUGGCUCCACUUCUGGAAACACAUCCACCACACUAUAACCAGCCUGCAAUCAUUGUAAAUCUUUCAUUUGUGUUUGCAUGGCUGCUUCUGGCCACAUAAAACUUGAUAUUCACUCAAACUCCGAAUUGGACAGGGAAAAACUGCCUUCAACUGCAAUUCUAGACAUUAGAGCUGGUACUGUGUCUGCUUUAUGAUCAGGCUAUGAUCAGUCUUUAUAUAUUUCAAAAGUCUAGCUUCAAAUUCUAUGAUAAAUUCUGAUAAUAUUCUGAUGCUUUCCCAUGACCCGUAAGCUUAGCUCCAGAGAAGCAGGGAUAACUCUAAAGGCUUGGAUCAAUACUGUUAUAGGGUUAGCACAGUAACUUCAGUAUAACAAAUACUUAUUUCUAGAGUUUAGUUAUCCUUUAAAGGGAUACUGUCAUGGGGAAAAACAUUUUUUCCAAAAUGAAUCAGUUAAUAGUGCUG